GUCAAAAUAUGGCAUCUGGUAACUUUCAACCUUUAAUUCCAAUAUUUUCUGGUAAAAAUUAUGAUAAUUGGGCUUUUAGAAUGAAGUUGACAUUCAAUUCAUGUGAGUUAUCAGAUAUAGUUAUAAAUGGUUAUAUUGAACCACAAAAUGAGUCUACCUUGAGUCCAGAUGAUAAGAAAAAGCUUGAAGAAAAUAGGCAAAAGGAUAGAAGGGCUUUGCAGAUAAUCGGGCAAGCAUUGGAUGAUUCGGUUGUCGGAAGGAUUAAACCAGCCACUACAGCCAAGCAAGCAUGGGACAUCCUAGAGACGACAUAUCAAGGUACUAGUAAGACAGGUGGAAUAGGAAUGACAAUAGCUCAUUAGAGAAUGCAUUCAAAACACAAAUGACAUUUGGCAGAGGCAGAGGAAGAGGAAAUCCAGGAUUCAGAGGAAGAGGAAGAGGAAGAUAUAGUUACCAAAGAG